GCGGGGGGGGGUGGGGAGAGGGGGUUGCGGAGCGGGGAGCGCAACGUGCUUACACACUUUGGUCCAGUGCGAGGCACUAUACCAUAGACGCGCAGCAGCAGAUCAAGAUACCAUCUUACAAUCAUCAUAUUACAGAUCCCACCUCCCAAAAAUACCUAAAUCCACAGGCGAAAUCAAAGAAUUAGAGAGAAUUUUUGAUAGAAAUCUAAAUCAUUGAAGACACCGAAAUCAAGAAUGAGUGAAACCCAGGACCAAAAAUCGUUCUUCAAGCGACACUGGGAAGGUUACAAGGAGUUCUGGGCUGAGAGAUUUUCGUUUUUGGAGAACUAUUCGAGAGUUCUCAACCCAGAGAAGCCAUUGCCCCAUUGGGAUAGCUCUGUUGUGGAAGAUUUUAUUGCCUCCGAUCCCGUCCAUGGUCCCACUCUCAAGACUGCCAGGGAAGCAGCUCAAUUUGGUGCUGCAGGUGCGGUCCUAGGAGCAGUUACAACAGCUGGCUACUGUUGGAAGUACUCGCGAAGUGCUCAUGGCGCAGCACUGGCUUUCGGUUUUGGAGCUGUCACCGGCAGCUGUUUUGGACUCGAAGUUGCGAACCACUGGUUCCAGCUUUACAGGUUGGAUACGAUGGCUGCGCAGAUGAAGUUCUACGAGUGGCUGCAGAACAGAGCUUGAGGUCGGUCUAAAUUGGACGUGCUUCAAAACCCAAUGGAAUUUCUCUUUUACACAAUAAAAAUCCGGGAAAUUAAAAGCUUGAUUUAGCAUUUUGGUCUUUGUUUUUCGUGUGUUGAUGCAAGGAGAAUAUUAGAAGUGCUUGUUUUACUACAGAUUAUGUAAAGAAUUUCAGGCAGUGAACUUUAUUAUUUCCUUGUGCUACGGGAAAUAAAAUGUUUGGUUGUGCUUAAAAAUACAUGAAACUUUUAUAUUA